AGGGCAAGAGAUAUCAACUGUACAUACAAAUAAAUAAACCCACAUGUGAAAGCUCAAUCACUUUUGCGGUCUUUUCCCGUAGUCUGCAAAGCGAGGCUUUGGUGGGAAAACAACGAAUUAUGGGGAUCGUGGAAGAAGCUCACAACGUGAAGGUUUUGGGUUCAGGCGAUCGAGUCAUAGUUUUGGCUCAUGGAUUUGGCACGGACCAGUCGGUUUGGAAGCACUUAGUUCCUCACCUGGUGGAGGAGUUCCGCGUAGUUUUGUAUGACAACAUGGGAGCCGGAACUACAAACCCGGAAUACUUUGAUUUCAAUCGUUACGCUACUCUUGAGGGUUAUUCUUAUGAUUUGCUUGCUAUCCUUGAAGAGCUCCAGGUUGAUUCUUGUAUUCUUGUUGUUCAUUCUGUUUCUGCUAUGGUCGGUGCCUUAGCUUCCAUUUCUCGCCCUGAUCUCUUCUCCAAAAUCAUCAUGCUUUCUGCUUCCCCCAGGUAUCUCAAUGAUGUGGAUUACUAUGGGGGAUUCGAGCAAGAAGAACUGGACCAACUCUUCGAGGCAAUGGGAGCCAACUACAAGGCCUGGUGUUCAGGGUUCGCACCACUAGCCGUGGGAGGCGACCUGGAAUCCGUGGCGGUUCAAGAAUUCAGCCGUACCCUCUUCAACAUGAGACCUGACAUAGCCCUAAGCGUGGCUCAGACCAUAUUCCAAAGUGACAUGAGACGAAUCCUCACCCUUGUCACGGUCCCUUGUCACAUCCUCCAAAGUAUAAAAGACUUAGCUGUUCCCGUCGUCGUGUCUGAAUACUUACACCAAAACCUCGGCGGCGAAUCAAUCGUUGAAGUCAUGUCAUCCGAUGGUCACCUCCCUCAGCUUAGCUCCCCUGAUAUCGUCAUCCCUGUGCUCCUUAGGCACAUUCGUAACGAUAUCACGGCAUGAAAUGUACUACUUCUACUACUAUUUCGCUAAACCAGGUUUAUAUUAUUAUUGUUAAGUUUGUUUCCAAUUUUAAUAAUCUGUAAUGUUAAUCUCAAGUUUUUGAGAAGUUAAUUGUGAUUAGGAAGCUGAUUCCAUUGCAACUGUUUGGCUGCCGGGGGGCUUUCUCUUUUUCCUUUUA